ACAGGACAUGGAGCGCAAACUGCAGACCAAACGCCUCCGUCACGCACAAGCAAAGCAACGCCGCCUGCGAGAGAGAGAGAGAGAAGAAGAAAGCUUUGCCGCUACUCGACUUCGAUUCGAACUCUCAGUCACAGGGCACAAGGCAAAAGCCAAGUGAAAAAAAAAGGAACUCUCCUCAGAAGCAAAGCCCAGGGCUGUCGUGUCCUUUUCCAUCCGUGCAAGCAAGCAACAAAGCCUCAGUGCCUCACUCGUCGGCCGUCGUUCUAGCUAGCUAGCCUUCCUUCCUUCGUCCUGCCACUGCCAGCCGGCCGGGCAGAAGAAGGACGAAGGACACAUGGGCGGCGCCCGCGGGCCGCCGACGUCGUGGCGGGCGGUGGCCGCGGCGGCUCUGGCGCUGUGGCUGCUCCCGGCGGCCCUGGCGCUGGCCGUCCUCUGGCUGCCGCUGCUCUGCUGCGCCGUGGCCGCCGUCCGCUUCCUGAGGGUCAGGAGGAAGCUGGUGGCCAGCGGGAGAUCGCGUGGCGGCUGCUGCGACGGCGACGGCGACGGCGACGGAGACCGCGACCGCGUGCCGGACGAGACGGCGACGGUGCGCGCCGGCGGCCGGCUCCGGCUGCUGCACCGGUACCUCGACGACCAGGUGGAGCUCGUCGUCGGCGUCGGAGCCCACGACCACCAAGAGGAUCAUGAACAAGGGUAGCGCCGAAAGCGAGACAUGAUUCACAUGAAUAGCUAGUGCUACUGCUAACUGCUAAGAAGAGGCAUCGAAAAACGCAAAAACUCCUCUUCUUCUUCUUCCUCUUUCAUUUCGGUUUGCAGUUCGUCGCCUGUAAAACAGGGGAGCCAAAUGAGCUUGCAGUUUCUUCCUCUCUUCUUGUUGCAGCUUGCAGCUCUUCCCGCAAAUAUGAUGUAACCCUACGUAUUACACUGUCGUACCAAACUGAGUAACUGACGAUGCACCCAGCAUUCCAGAA